AUGUAUCGGAAGCGAAAAGAGCCAACAUCGCGCAUGUACAUGCACCAGGAAUCGGAAUUUGGCGGUAGUCCAAUCGAUCGUCAACCGCGGUAUUAUCAAGGAUUUUACUCAGAUAUGCAGGAGCCGGCUGCGCUGAGGCGAGUAAGGCCGUAUUAUGCACCAAGCUAUGUUACUUACCCACCGAGUAUUUUGAAUCCAAGCCGAACAAGGCAAAAACACGAGGAGCGAUAUUCUCUUGUAAUGAGAAUCAUUAUAAAAGCAAUUGAGUUGCUGCUUGGUGCUGCUGUUAUUGGAUUAGUUCUUGCUCCGCUUCGUGAUAUGUCUUUCUACGCUUUUGUCAAAAUGACUCAAACUGAGUGGCAAGGCUUGGUACUCGGAAUCGCCACCACCUUCUCAUCCUUGUGCCUUAUCAUCCUGCUUAGCUCUUGCAUUGGUCAUCGAUAUCCAUUGUGGCGGAGAAUUGAUUAUCUGAUCAGUUUAGUUGGUUCGGUUGGUUAUUUGGUGGCCGGUGCUGUUGAGGCCUAUUACGCUGCGUGCUAUCCGCCUUACGGUGAAAAAAUCGGGAAAGUAUGCUAUAGGUAUUAA